AUGGACAACCCAUGUACAACAGUUUACAUAUUCUUGCAUCGUUUAUUUCACCAGGCCAUGAUAGACAAAAUUAUGAUCGACUGUGAUAAAAUCGAUAAACAAGAGUUAACGUAUAUUGUUGGCGAUUUACCAUUUUAUACACACUCACAGUGGGGUAGCACACUCAAGCUUUCAAAUACUCUUGCUAUUGUACCACAGCUCAAGAAACACGAUUCAAAAAACGAAGAAAAGGGAAGCAAAAAAUUAGCAAUCCCAGAGAAAAAUAAUAAAGAGAUUGAUGAAGCAGGUUUAAAAGCAAUUCAUGUGAUAUCUUCUCAAGAGUUUCCUCUUAAAGUUUCCAGUCAAAUCGUAUCGCAUUUGCGUAAAACCAUUGGCAUCAACAAAGUUGUGAUUCAACAUCUCGAUCCUGCAGAUUCUCAACUAAGCCCAAGCUUGUAUAAUGCACUGGCAAUAAGUCCAAUAAUUCCCCAUAGUCUUCCACGGCGUUCUGAAAUAAUUCACGCUUUUCCUUCCAAGAAUGAAUAUCAAGAAAUUACUACGUCUAUAAUUUCCAAAAUGGCUGAAAACGAACCUCUAGAUGUAUUAGGAUCUACCAAAAAACCCAAGCCCCAAGUACUAAAAUAUUAUGACUCCCUGCGGCUCUACAUAUAUAAGCACUAUUUUCAUCGACUUCAUGAGUACCCACCAUCAUUAGAUUAUGAUCAAAAUUUAACUCCAAGUGGGAAAUCUAUUGAACGCAUUUAUUUUCGCACUUUAUCUCUUAAUAAUAGUGAUGCAGAGUACCAAAAAUUAGCUUCUAAAGGCGACAAUCCCGAUCAAUAUAUCAAGUGUUUACAUUGUGGUAGUUUGGAGCGAUUGCGAUCUGGGUUUCGGCGACACCUUUCAACAAGAUGUAAACAACAUCGUAUAUACUUAGCGAUUGCCAUUCGUUAUUUUGAAAAUCCACAAGAUUCUGAAUAA